UUUGCUUAUUCAUUAUUUGGGGUUCAACAUUACAGAUUUUUCAAUAUUUUCUCAACAGUUACAAAAUUUUAAUAUAAAUUUAAUAUGAAAGGCUGGAGUUUGGGGAGAGUUAUAGCAAGUUCGAGGCAAAGUGUGACCAGCAUUGACAAAGUGGGAAAGCAAAGUUGAUUGGCAGCACUUUGUCCUUCGGAGAAACGCAGAGUUUUAUUGUUGAGCUGUUUAAGAGAACUAGAGGAAGGCGAACCAAGAGAAAAGAAGAGAUGUGAGGCAGAAGAGCAGAGAAGAAAAGGAGCUGCUGCUGUAGGAGAAGAAAUAAAAUUCCAGUUGUUUUCUUCUUCAUUUCGUGCUGCACAAGAGCUUUGUUCUAGAGACACUAUUCUUAUUUGCCUCUCUUUUAUUCUCUCUUGUAUUUGUGAGUGUGAACUUGCCUUCAAAUGGUCAUUUCUGAAGUCACUCCUGUCUUAUUUGCCAUAGCCACAUAACCUAUUUUGUCUAAUUAAAUCUUUGUCCUCUUCCUUAAUUUCGAUAAAUUCCUAUUGGAUUGAAUGCCUCUUCCCUUCCUCCUAAUAUUCUCUCUCACUAUGUCUAGAGGAAGUCUCCUAUUUGCUGCACACAUAGCCCUUCUCCUUCUCCUUGUUCCUUGUUCCUUCUGUUUCCAAACAUCCACGGUGCAAGAUAGUGCCCUUUGUGGCAAUAUCAACAUAAAGUAUCCCUUUCAAUUAAAGGGAAGCCUUCAAAACUGUAGCUACAACAGUUUUGAGCUAUAUUGUGAGGAAAAUGUUACAGUAAUAUGCUUGUAUUCGGGAAAGUAUUACGUAAAGGCGAUCAAUUACAGUGACUGGACAAUCCGAGUUGUGGAUGCUGGUGUUCAGAAGAAAGACAACUACUUCUCCAACCCACGUUACUCUUUAACCUCCUUGAACCUUAGUGGUGGAAAUCCUUUCGCCCCUGAUCCUUGGUACCCAUCUAGUCUAGCAAUACGUGAAGUGCCUAUAAUAUUUAUCAGCUGUGCAAAUCCAAUGCAUUCUCCUCGCCUUGUUGAUACAGCUCCAUGCAUCAACAAUUCUGCCAAUUCUUCUUUGUCCAGUACUUUAAGAAUGUUUUCUUAUGUCAUGAUUGGCAACAUAAGUUCAUUCGAUUUGGGGGAGUCCUGCAGAAUAACACAAAUGGUUGUGGUGUCACCUUCAACAUCUAGGGAUCUGCACCAGAACUUGUCCUGUGAAGGUAUAUAUAAUGAAAUAGCGCGCGGCUUUGAGCUCUCAUGGUUUAACGCUUCAUGUUACUUCAAAUGUGGAAUGGAUGAGAAGAACUGCACGCUCGAUAACGUGAGUAAAACCAAGUGCCCUUCAAUAACCAAAGAACAUUUGUACCAGAAGAUCUUACAGUUCAUACACUCCAUACUCCUGAUAUCAGGCCAAGUUGCAGAAGGGGUAUUCUAUGUGUAUGCCUUUGCGCUCACCAACAAGUGCAACAGCGAUGUCCCCCUUUAUCUGCUUCCAUUAAGCUGUGUAAUCUCUUACCUAGGUAAUGUGAACUACUUGAAAUCAGUUACUGUGUAG